GCUAAGGAAGUCUAGCAAAGAAAAAGGACUAGUAGACAAGCUUGAGUGGAUACCUUAACCUGCUGAUCGGGAUAAAAGGGUAGGGAUGUUUGUAUGACGGUGCGGGUGUGCGGACGCAAGUAUGUGCGUGCGUGCGUGCGUGCGGCGGUUGAUUCAGAGUUUAGUGUGGGUAUUUUUUUCUUUGCUCUUUGGGGCUACUCCUACUUACUCGUUGCUGCGCGUUGCUGGUGCUUGGUGCUGGGAGGUGAUGGGCCUAAGUAGUGGAUACAAGAGCAGAGAGACAUGGGCUUGAGGUGUGGGG